CUCCUUUCGUCUCCUCCCCCACUUUUCCCUCGUUUUUCCCCCCUCUUCUGCCGCCAAAAAAUUCCUCAGAUCCAAACCCUAGCGCUCGCCGCGCCGCGCCGCGAUCCUCCCCCUCCCGAUCCCCCCCCCAUGGCGGCCGCCGGCGCCGGCUCCAGCGAGGUCGCCGCGCGGGUGCUGCUCCAGCGCUACCAGCCGUUCGCGCCGCCGCCGGGCGAGUACCACCAGUUCGGCUCCGGUGGCGCCGCCGCCGCCGGGGACAUGACGGAGGCCGUGCUCAUCCGGACGCCAUUAAAGCGGAAACAUGACAGAGAAGAGAAUGAAGCUGCUGAAUCAAAUGACUGGAUGAUGAGCCCUGGAUACACUAAUCCAGCAGGCAGCCCAGUUCCAACACCGCUUUCAGGAAAAGGUUCAAAAGCUUUUGCCAAAUCAAAAGCUGCAAAAGGCCAGAAAUCUUGUCCCCAGACCCCUUUGUGCGCUAGUUCUCCAGGCAAUCCGGUUACACCUGUUGGUGGCUGCCGAUAUGAUAGCUCCCUAGGGCUAUUGACAAAAAAGUUCCUAAACUUGCUAAAGGGUGCACCUGGCGGCAUAGUUGAUUUGAAUAAUGCCGCAGAAACACUGGAGGUACAAAAAAGGCGUAUAUAUGACAUCACUAAUGUCCUUGAAGGGAUAGGGCUGAUAGAAAAGAAGCUCAAGAACAAUAUCCGUUGGAAAGGAAUUGAUGACUCCCGACCAGGAGAAGUUAGUGAUGAUAUGUCCAUCUUACAGGCUGAUAUUGAAGCCCUCUCACUGCAGGAGCACAGCGUAGAUCAACAAAUAAGUGAAAUGCGAGAUAAGUUAAGAGGACUCACAGAAGAUGAAAAUAACCAAAAGUGGCUAUAUGUUACUGAAGAUGACAUCAAGUCUUUGCCCUGCUUCCAGAAUCAGACACUGAUCGCAAUCAAAGCGCCUCAUGGUACAACUUUGGAGGUCCCAGAUCCUGAUGAAGUGAAUGAUUAUCCACAGAGGAGAUAUAGGAUUGUUCUAAGGAGUACUAUGGGUCCAAUAGAUGUCUACCUAGUUAGUCAAUUUGAGGAGAUGAGUGGCAUGGAGACUCCUCCAAGGACUGUGCAGCCAGUAAGCAUGGAUUCUCUAGAGAAUCCCAGGACGCCAUUGGCUGCAGAACCCAACAAAGCUGCAGAGUCACAGCCAAAUAUUCAAGAUGGGCUGCUAAUGCCUUCUGAUGCUCCUUCUAGUUCACAGGAUAUUGGCGGGAUGAUGAAGAUUGUCCCUUCAGAACUUGAUACCGAUGCAGACUACUGGCUCUUAUCAGAUGCCGGGGUUAGCAUUACCGACAUGUGGAAGACAGCACCAGAGGUGGAGUGGGAAGGAAUCGAGAAAUUCAAUGCAGAGGACUUCCUGGAGGUUAGCACGCCUCGGCAGCAGGAUAAACCAUCCUCUGACAUUAUGGAUGGAGACUCCUGCAUAAGCUGAAAACCUGGAAACAGUGGAAGUACCAUCCAAAUACCUGGGAAAUGUCUGUUUCUUGGCAUGGGCUACUGGUGACCACGUGAAAACCGUAGAAGAGAGGUUCAGGGAAUGGCUGUAAGCCUGUGAUGAUGUACAGAUGGCAAACUGACAGCUUCCUGGAUCAAGAAGGCAUCACAACGUCCUGAUCAUUCAGGUCUUGACUGGCAAGAUGAACGAAUCCUAAAGCUGAAUUUGUGGUUCCUGUGAGUUGUAUGUUGUAUCUCACAACAAAAAGGAGCGUACAGCUAGGUUUAAGCUAGACAGUGCUGCAAGCUCCGGGACUAAAAUUAUUCAGGAUUCAGGAAGCGCUGUAAAACUUGAAGCUGACUCUGUUGUACUAUAAAUUUUUCGUAUUCUUGAUGGUAUCUAUUAAAAAUCACUGCAUCACUGGUGCCAUCCUGAAAUGGACUGAUGCAGUGAAGUAGUAGGUAGCUUUACAUAUGACAACUUGACAAGUCUGUUUUCAGUGUCUUGCUGGAUCAGCCUUCCAUUGGCCAUUGCUGGGCAAUCACCUGUAACAUUUCGUUCUCUUUCAUUUUCGAAGGGUCUUGUGAUGUAUC